UUGAACCGAGAUUGGAACACUGAUCGCAGCUGGAAGAUGGAUGGAUUUCAAGAUCGGUCCUGGCAAGGAAGCGUUGAUAGUGGACUGAUGUCAAGGGAUCAUUGGCAAAGUGGCGAUCGGGGCAUGUCUGGCCCAUCUGGGACAGGUUACAAUAUGCAGAGAGGAGGUGGAGGAGGAAUGCAAAAUCAAGGAAGCUACAUGCAAGGGGGUUACCAGCAAGGCUCCAUGGCAUUUGAUAACCGCUCAAGCCAGAUGAUGUCAGGACUAAACAUGUCAGGAGGAAACGCUUCUGGAGGUUACCAGCGUCCCUACUAAAAUGUUUCAAUAUCUUCAUAUGAAGGAAAUUUUUUUUUCCAGAUUCUGUAGUCACCUUUUUGUUUGCUUUGAAGUAUUUAAACUGAAUGUUUCAAUGUGCCUAGUUCUCAUUUUGUAAUUAAUUUUCUUAAAUGUGCUUGUUCUAACAAAGAAUCAAUAAAUCUUGUCUUUUUGUCUUUUUCUA